CGUGCCGUGCGUCGCCUUGGAAACCAGGAGCAUCCGCGGCGCCUCCGGGUGACCCGCCCCAGCUGCUGCCGCCACACUCCGGGCACUGCCCGUUGGUGCCUGGGGGAGUCCCGAGCCCGACGCGCCGCUGGCCUCAGCCUCGCCCCGGGCCCCUCGGCGAGCGCGUCUGUGACCCACGGAGCCGGCGGGCGCUCUGCUCGUGGCGUCCAGAGGGCGGCGCUGACGGCGGCGAUCCGGGAGGCCGGGCGGGGCAGGGCGCUCUCGUCCCGGGGCGAGCCCAAGAGACGCCGGCUCCGGGACCCUCUCCGGGCCCCUCGCCCCGCCGCCUCUCCUCGGCCUCCCGCGAUCCCGCCCGCGCCCUCUGCCCGGGACUCGGCUCUCACGUGGGCUCCCCGCCCGUCUCGGGGGCCUCCGCUUCCCUCGGCUCCUCCCCGCCCCUCCCGGGACCUCUCCCCCCCCACCCCCACCCCGAGGCCGGGCAGGACGCGACCCGGAGCCGCCGCCACCGCUUCUGCCACUCCAUGGAGGACGGUCUGCUGGAGAUCAGGACCAAGGACGGCGGCGACAUGCCAGCGCCCCUGGAGGUGUCCGCCGUGCCGGCCGUGGGGGACGUGAUCUCCGGGGAGUACAACGGCGGCAUGAAGGAGCUGAUGGAGCACCUGAAAGCCCAGCUGCAGGCCCUGUUUGAGGACGUGAGGGCCAUGAGGGGCGCCCUGGACGAGCAGGCCUCGCACAUCCAGGUGCUCUCGGACGACGUGUGCGCCAACCAGCGAGCCAUCGUCUCCAUGUGCCAGAUCAUGACCACGGCGCCCCGCCAGGGCGGCCUGGGCGUGGUCGGCGGCAGCGGGAGCUUCCGGAGCGACCCCCGAGAGCCGGGCACUCCGUCGCCGGGGAUCGGGGACAGCGGCUUGCUGGGCGGCGACCCCGAGGACGAGGAGGACGACGAAGAAGAGAAGGAGAUGCCCAGUCCCGCCACACCCACCAGUCACUGUGAGCGCCCCGAGAGCCCCUGUGCUGGUCUCCUUGAGGGGGACGGGCCACUCGUGGAGCCCCUCGACCUGCCCGACAUUACCCUGCUGCAACUGGAGGGCGAGGCGUCCCUGUGAGGGGACUCCGCGGGGCACCACCUUCCCGGGCUGGCCUUGGGGACCGAACGGCGCGGUGCGGCACGCUUCGCUUGGACAGCUGCUCUUGUGGGUCAGGCAGAGAGAGGCUCCCUCGAGGAAGGAUUUGUAGGGCGAAGGACUUGGGGAGCAUGAAUAAUUCUUUCUGCCCAGCUAAGCAGAUUACAGCAAACUGCGGAAAGGUGAGGUUCCGGGAGAGGACGCGCCCACCUCUGGACUCCCAUCCGUCCCCUGUCCUGUCCUUUCCCCCUCCCCAGACAACAGGACGACCCCUGAAUUGUGUAAAUAAAUUUCUGCUUUUUCUAUUCUGAAAAAGGACUUAUCUAGGACCACGGCAAAUAAUCUCUAACGAUUUACCUAGAAAUUAAGGACUUGGGGGUAUUCUGUUCUGGCAACAGGAAAUUUACCCUUCUGCCGAAAUCCAAGAUAUUCAGUGCUCUGCAGAAGCCUCUCCCCUUCACGGACCUCUGCGGCUGCUGAUUGGUAAAGGAAGCCUGAGGAGGGAACCGCAGCCCUGGGAAUCCUGGUGAAUGGGGUUCCAAGGGCCCCUGGGCUGGGAGGAGCUGGCUGUGAAUGUGCAUGAAGACAUAAUAGCUCAACCUCUAGGAUUCUGCAUGCAGAGCGGAUCCUGCCUUGUCACUGACUUCAUCUGGGGUAGCUUUUCCACUCACUGGGGCAGAGAGAACAAAGAGCCCGGUUCACAGGCAGAGACUCAGGGGUGCUCAGCAGCAGCCCAGAUUUAGGGGACGUUUGAGGGACUCUUGGGGCCGCAGCCAUAAACUGUCUCUCCUGGCUACAUCUGCUUAACUUCAGUUCCUUUUUCUGUCAAUAUGUCCCCGCCCGCUGCCUCUCGGUGUUGCCUCCAUAAUGUCUUGUGUGUGUUCUGUGUGUCCACUUGUGUAGUAGUGUGUGAGCCCUGAGGGGCAGGGCUUGUGGCUCUGGUGUUAGGUUCAGGGGGCUUCAGACCCUUCUGUGAGCUCCAAGCUAUCAUGGCGCUUUCCCCUCCCUCUUCCCCCAACCAGGGCAUGGUGCAUGUGGCUGUCCUGAGGUUCCUUUACUGAUGUGCGACCCUCCCAUCUCCUCAAGUGGUGACUGUGUGCCCUCCCCUCCUUUGUGUAUUCCUUCUCAAUGCUUUCCUUGGUAUUAAUCUUAAUAAAAAAGGCGUCAUCUCCCCUU